AUGAAGGUUUACAUGUGCCUGGUUCUCCUGAUGGUCGUCGGAGGUGCUUUAAGUUUCGCACCAAGAGACGCUCAUGCCGACAUGUUCAGGGCCAUGCUGCAGCUGCCCAACGGCUACGACCGGGAGUUCUACUCUGCCUCACUGGCCGAACACCAGCUGCAGUUCAUGGAGCGAAUACCCGGCCACGUCAAAGCCCUGAUCCGCUUGGUGAAGUACUGGGCUAACGAGUGCCUCCCGGACACGCUGCACAAGUCCUACCCGCUGGAGUUGAUCACCGUCUACCGCUGGGAGAACGCUGGUAAGCCUCAGAGCAUCAGCAAGGCCCAGGGGCUGAAGGACGUGCUGCAGGUACUGACCAACUUGAGAGGGUUGCGGCACUACUGGGCGUACCUUUACUACGCACUGGCGAAUCAGGCCAUCACCCAGCUCGGCUAUAUCAAUCCAAUAGUUUUGGACCCAGCCAAUCCAACCAACAACGCGUGCUGGGUUUACCAGAAGGGCAACAACAUCAUAAUGAUUGAGGAAGCUGCCCGUGCCACCCUGAAGUUCAAUCUUCUCAAGGACGUCGUUGUCUCUGCCAACUGGAAAGGUUAA